AUGAGCAAAAUCUGGGGAAUUUUGGUGAUUUUCUGCUUUAUUAAGGAAUCUGCCAGUCUUGAUGCGUGUGUUAUAGGUGAGUAACUAGACUCUAGUUUUGGUAUCUACAUUUUCGUACCAAAAUUCAAAUUUCAGAUCAUUACGCACUUCGUUUUUCUGAUGUUUCUGAUUUAUUUAAGUUAAAUAUGAGUCUCACAGAUGUUACUCAAAUUAUUGAUCAAGGAGAUGGACCAAUUCAAAUCAAUGAAUUUGGACAAUUUUCAGCUACUCCCUGGUCGAAAAAUUCAAUUGAGUUUUGCGGAGAAAUAUGA